CCCACUCACUUGCUAAAAUAGUUACCACACUCCUUGCAAAAAUAUUGUGUCUUGAUAAUUUUUCCCCCUUCAAUCUUUUAUGUUUAGGCCCUGAAUGAAGCUCUUCGUCAGCUGAGAUCCGAACUACUGGACGCUACCCAAAAGGCAAUCCUAAGCCACACCCACCAAGGGGUCACGGAGGUCGAUGUGCAGAAAAUGGUCCGAGGAAAAACGUCGCAACUUGAGGAUCGUGUUCAGGAACUGAGUCUGGAGGUGAAUGGACUGCGGGCGGAGCUGGAACGGACUCGGGACCGGGAGAGCGAGGCUCGGAGAACGGCCGAGGAGGCGAGAGAGAGGCUCGACCAGAUGGAGACGGAGGGAGAGAGGCAAGAGAGGGAAGAGGAGAGGUGGAGGAGGGAGAGGGAGGAAGGGAGGGAGAAGGAGGAAGGGAGGGAGAAGGUAGUAAAGAGGCUGGAGGUAGAACUGCAUCAGUGUAGGAAGAGUCUAGAACAGGGGAGAUCCAGGGAACAGAGAAUGGCUAAAGAACUGCAAACUCUUCAGCAGAAAUCAGACCACAAGCCAGAGGUUGAAGAAAUGGAGAGAAGACUAAACGUUCUUCAGAGCCGCUUCGACCGGCAGAAACAGCACCUGGAGACACUGCGGCACCAACAGAAGGUAGUCCAUGUGGCAGUAACUCCAGGCAGGAGACACCCGUCAUCUGGUCCAGGUGAGACAGUUCCUCUAGUUAGCAUCAGACAAACAUCGUCGUCAUCAUCAUCCGAGUCUUUCUUGAAAUGGGAGGAGACAAAACGAUGGCAGAGAAAGUUGGAGACCCUCCGUACGAAACUGGCCGAUAAAACAAAGGAGGCGGAGUCAGCAAAGGGUCAUGUGACCUCGUUAAAGGAGACUCUGGAAAGAAGUGACCGCGAGAAACGAUUUCUUCAGGACAAGAUUAAAACUCUGCAAAAAACUGUCUCCAACUUGGAAAAGGCACAGAGAGACGCGAUCAAAAACAGCUCUGGUGAUGGUUCCCACGGCGACGGAGUAAACUGUUACCAUGGAGAUGUAAUUGGAGGCCACACCCCCUCGUCGGAGGAGCUGCAGCGUGUCGUAUCGGCCAUGAGAAAGGUCAUCGAGCGACUUCAAAAAGAUAACGAGAAACUCAAAAGGGAGGCUCUAAUUAGAACUAGAGAGCCAGCCAAGAAACCUCUGCAGCAUCAAGGAAAGGGAGAAGGAGAGAGAAGAGAGGGGAAAGGGAAGGUUUCUAGCGAGCGCCAGGCAACCGGUGUCCCCCCAGCCCCCGUUGCCAAGCUGGCAUCGGAGAACGAACGGCUUCAGAAGAGCCUGCGAAGAGAGAUGGACAGAAACCAGCAGCUGCAGGUCUCUCUGAGGACAGCACAACUGGAGAAAGACAGACUCCAGAAUGAGAUGAGAGAACAAAAAGAAGCGGCUUUGCCUUCCACAUUGGAACGGUCUCGCAGCCGAGGAAACGAGGAAGAAAUGGAGGGGCUGAGGGCCGAAGUUGAGAAGAAGACGAGGAUGUUGCUGGAGGUGAAGACCCACCUGAGACAGCUGGCAGAGAGAGAGAAGGAGAGGGAGGGGGAGGAGGGGAGGGUGGCCAAAGAGCGAGAUGAUCUCAGAGAACAAGUCAAGAUGCUAAAAACUGAACUGGAAUCGUUCGACCCUUCGUUCUUCGAAGAAGUGGAAGAUUUGAAAUUCAAUUAUCAAGAAGCAGUCAAGAAAAACGUUCAGUACGAACAACAAAUCAUCAGUCUCUCCCAACAACUUGGGGCUUUCCCUCCCUCUUUUAGUGCAUGAUGUCAUCAUCAUUAAUACUCUGGACUGGAGCUUGCUGAUAGAGAAGCGGUAUGCACACCAAUUAGGCUUUCAUUAACCCUCGGCGCGCAUGCGCAGCGAGGGUUACGGUAGUUGGGUUUGUCUGUCUGUCUGUUACUCGUCAUCUCACUUCUCGAGUGUUCGUUUGUCUCACAAAGGAUACCACCUACUGAACGGGCAAUGAAGAGCAGCUGAAGAUUCCCUGGCAGUACGCCGGCUACGGAGGACCUCAGCAUCGUGUUUACCAACCACCGCCUCUACCGCUCGGAGCCGCACGGCGCGGCGAGGGAGAAGAAAAACCCGGAGCCCCACCUAAACCGUCUCCUCGCUCUCCCUGCGCGGCUCACGCUACUAGCGGGAAGCGACCCAGACCUCCUACCAAUGCGACGGACAGUAGGUCAAAGGAAGAGUCGUCACAGAGAAAGACGGGUAGCCAAGGACUAUCUAAUACGCCUCACGCCCCGAGGUCGGUUCUGGAACUCCUGCCUGGCGGAGUAGGAGGGUCGUCCUCCAGUCUCCUGCUGCCGUCUACACAUCAACUGCACCAGAAACACAACCAAGAAAACAUAAUGGAAGCUAAAGACAGUACCACUGAAGGAGAGUAAUGUGGAGAGGAAGAGAGAGGGAGAGAAAGGAGGAGGGAGAGGGAAAGAAACAAAGGAAGGAGAUAAAGAAACCGGUACCCACCAAGAAACAGGCCUGGCAGGAAGAGAACAAGGGAUAAACAGGUCAAGUGAGUACAGCCGCUCCACUGAGAAUGAAACCCUCUCUCAUACAACACCUGGACACUUGGAGACCCAUCAUUGUAGUCCAGGUCCCAAACCCAUUCCACCCUCUGUGGCAGUCACUCUCGCAAAACUGAAACAUUGUCCUCUUGAGAAUGAAGUAGAGUCUCCUCUGACAAAGGCGGUUCGUGUGACAGCUGCUCUGGUCCUCAGAAACCUGUGUCGAAUGGCUCCCUCCACUCACUGUCAGAUAAGGAGACAUGAACACAGACUCAGUGAAGUGGCUCUGUCUGACAGAGAAGCUGCUCACACCAUUACAGAGUGUCUCACCUAUUUAAACCUCCCUCCUCCUCCUCCACCCUCUCUCACUGCUAACCCUCAUGAUAACACUGUCACACAUCAUCAGUUGACUGAAAACUCAUACAGCUCUCCCUAAUGAUUGCAUUAUUACAUUUCAUCAGUCUUUCAACCUCAGAGAAAGCAAUUUUUACUGUAUAAGGGGU